AUGGACAUCAUCCCCGACGAGGUGGAGCUCUUCUUUGAGAACCUGAACGUCUCCAUGCACGCCAUCGUCUUCACCUCCAUCAUCGCCAUCUUCUGGAGCUUCACCAAGGUGCUCACCUCCUUCGUCAACUCCUCGCGGAAGCAGGGAGAGCUGAGAGAUAUCACCUGUCAGGUGCAGCGCAAGAUAUUUUACUUUGAAGCUGAAAAGGACAAGGUGAAGGAGGAGGCGCAGACGGCCAAGGAGAUGUUGCAAGUGCGCGAAGUCGAGCUUCGCCAGCUAGGCCUGAGAAAGUCCCAACUGGAGCAGGAGAAUGAGGCACUGAAGGCUGAGCGAAACCGCUACACGAGCGAAAUUGAAAGCCUGCGCGGACGGGCCAGCGAGGCGUCGCAAAACUCCUCUCGUCUGAACACCACCCUCGAUGACCUGACGCGGCUGCAGAACGAGAAGCGCGACCUGGAGCUGCUCAAUGAGGACCUGGAGGAGAAGGUGACCCGGCUGGAGGGGGAGAAGGCGACACUGGAGGGGACGGUGGAGAGUCUCACUGAAAAGAACAAGAAGCUGACCGCGAAGAGCAAGGAGAUGGCCGCCGAGGCGGAGACGCUCCUCGGGCGGCUGAAGGAGGCGGAGCAGAGCUGCGCCCUGCUGCAGGCGGAGACGGCCAGUCUGCAGUCGACGAAGAUUGCCCUCCACGAGGAGCUGCGCAACCUCAAGGACGACCUGCUGGCGGCGGAGGAGCGCCGCGGCGAGCUGACCGAGACGGUGCAGCUGCAGACGGCGGCGCUGGCCGACGCCCAGUCAAAGCUCACCGCCCUGGUGGGCGAGCUGGACGGGAAGAACGCCGACCUCGCCUCGAUGCGCCAGCUGCUCAGUCAGCUCAACAAGGAGGUGGUCAGUCAGAAGGGAAGGGCGGAGGCGGCCGUGGCGGCUGCUGCUCAACGACGACGACUGUCCUCGCAGCGGAGCACUGAACAGCUGCAGCAGCAGCAGCUGAACGGCAUUGAAGACAGUGCUGCUGCUGCUGAGGCUGAGGCUGCCGCCGCCCUUGACGCCCUCAACGGAAACGUCGGCGGGGACGUGGAGGCCCCCACCACCACCACCACCACUACCAGCAAAAAGGCCGACGAAGAUAAGGAAAAUGAGGAGGAAGAAGAGGGUGGCGAAACUACUACCUCCGUUUCCGACCUGCAGGACAUCGUCAAGCUGCAGCUCCGCCUGACGGCCACCGAGCUGGAGCGGGGCGCCCUAGCGGCGAAGGUCAAGUCGCUGGAGGCGGCUCUGGAGAGCUCCCGGGCGGAGCUGGCCGCCCUGCAGCGCAGCAACGCCUCGCUGAAGGCGGCGACGGAGGCGGCCGAGCGAGAGCGCGACAAGGCGGUGACCGGGCUGGAGGUUCUGAGCAAGCACUUCAAGGACAAGGAGCUGGAGUUUGGCCGGGAGAUUGGCGUGCAGCUG